AUGACGAAAGACGAGGCUGAGACUCCAGCAGAGAGGCUGGGGCACGAACAUGGAGCAGCAGCAGCAGCGACGACGACAGAGGAGGCUGAGGCGGCAGCGGCUAAUGUGGUAGCAGCGAAGCCGAGGAAGGGGGCUGAAGCAGCGCGAGCUGGCUCGGGCGAGCAGACUACUGAAGCAGCAGCGGCUGGGAUGAUAGACGAGGCCGAGAGAGUGGCAGCGGAGCCGAAAGAGGAGGCUGAGGCAGCAGCGGUGACGACGGGAGAGGCUGCUGAGACAGCAGCAGAGAGGCUGGGGCAGGGGGCUGGACGAAUACCAGCAGAGAAGCUGAGAGAGGAGGCUGAGGCCGUGGCAGCUGAGUCGGGAUCGGGCGACAGGGAUAGAGCAGCGCAAGGAUCAUCAACGGAGGGAGCAGCAGAGCAAGCAAAGGAAGACGCAGCAGCAGAGCAGAAAGCACUGUCUGCCGCAACUGCUGCAGCAUCCCCGACUGCAGCUGCCGUAAGUUAUGGCGAGAUGACUCAAGAACGAGCAGCAUCUGGCGGACAAGCACAGCCGACUGACCGAGAGGGACGGACUGUGAGCGAGAUCGCCUUUGGAGGUGGCGACAAUGCGAACAAGGCUAUGCCGAUAUUCAUCAUCUUGUGAGCAUCAUAUCCGACACUUUUCUUUCCGUUAGAAGGGUGAAGCACUCAUUUUUUUAGAAUUGUUAGUACUUUCACUCUGUGAACGUCCCGUAGGCUGCGUCUCUAGUAGGUAUGGAAGUGAGGGCGACAGGGAGUUCCCGUAUUCUAAUGCGCAAAAGGCGGGAGAGGAAGCUACGAAGCGUCUGGAGCAGCUGAAAGAAGAAGCAAAAGAAAUCACAACGAAAAUUGAGGAGUGUGCGGCAAGGAUUGAAGAGUUGAGGAAGGAGUACAAAGACGAGGUGAUGCAGGUCGCGAUGGCUGCCCGUUCCAAGAGAGAGGCAGACGAGUGGCUGCUCAACAAAGGCGGACCCAAAGCCAAGGAGCAGUUUGCGUUUCUUUCGGGAGCACUAGAAAUUGAGGACAAACCGAUACCGAAGAAGAUUAUUGGUGAGGCCAGGAAGGACUUCUCGCCAGGUGGGGACAAGGACAAAUGCAGCGAGCUCAGACGUGAAGCUGUAGCCUGUGCAGGUGAAGAGAGCCCACUUUUACGCGGAUGCUUGGCUUGAUAAUAUAGUUCCGUCAGACUUGGCCUCUCCGUGUUGUCAUCCGUGUAUGCUUACAUUACUUUUUAGAGCAGCCUUCCCUCAGGCAGACAAAAUGCCCCACGACCUUUCUCUAAUAUUUCUGGCCGUGUUCGAUUCGUGCGUGAAAGCCCAGGCGGCAUUGAUUGACAAUGUCGAUGUAGUGGCGAACUUGGCGUGGGCAUUCUCGGGCGCUUACGAAAAAAGGAAGAAGACGGAAGUUAUGAGAGGUCGCCGAAUUUUUAUCCACCUGGCAAGGCUUACUUAAGUACGUAGAUGAAAGAGGUAGAGCCGUUUGAAUCAAAGUGCAAUUAGAAAGGCCUCAAGCUGCGUCAGCGCUUGCAGAGUUUAAGGCAGCUAUUUGUCUCGUCUCCGUUCUAAUUUUGAACAGGCGCGGAAGGACCUGGAAGCAAAGGUGAAGGAGAUCGAAGCGAAGACGAGAGCCAUGAACAGGUUGAGGUUGGACCUGAAGCAGAUGCGAGGGGAAGACGCAGUGCCGCUUGCCCAGGCUACCGCUGCGCAGGGGGGCAGCGAGAUGCUCAGCAGUCCAGAUUUGCCUGGAGGAAUCUCGGAGCUGAGCUUGAAGUUGCUGGGCGUCGAGUCCACGAAGAAUAUUGCAGACGCCGACACGCUGUCUGGAACGAAGUGCAGUGACCUCGAGAAAAUGGCACAAGAUGAUGUGAACGACGACGCAAUCGUAGUGCAUGUCCGAGCGGCGUGCUCUGAGCUGUCUGCAGGGGUCGAAGCUGUCAAGUUGUUGCAGACGGAGGUCACCUCUGCCAUUAAAAUUAAGGCCCUUAAAGAGAGUAGUCUUUUUUCGUCGUUUCCUUGAUACUAGCCUGGGGAAGGCAUCUAGAGAAAGAGGGCAGGGGGGAUACAGUAGCUCUAAGAUGAUGAGAAUGAGCUAGAUAGGAGAGAGAGCGCGGCAACCUUGCUAAAAAACAUAUUUAAGACGCGGUCAGCAAAACCGCCGCACAAACGGAGUUGUCAUGACUCUAAUAGCGACUUCGUCAGCGGCCCGGUCAAAGAGAAGCUGGUAGAGCUGCAGAGGCUGGAGACGAUGAUCACGGAGACCGGCAAGGCGCUGGAGACUGACACGCCGGGCGCCAAGUCCCUGGGCGCCGUGCUCGGGGGUGGAUUGCCUUUGCAGCUUAGCGAUAACGGCGAAAAGACGAUGGUGCGGGGCAGCGACCUUUUCAGCGUUUCUGCAAGCGCAUUGGUCACUGAAGCCAAGAAACACGCAGACGCGUGCGUGAAGUUUGUGCGCGCUAUGCGUGCGGGUUCAAGUGACUGCACAGCGCUGAGCGAAACGGCCACGAGGGUCGAAGAACUCCGCGAAGCGUUGGCAGACGUUGUCGCCAAAGUUAAGGGGCCACACAUAGCAGCACGCGCACGUCUCUAGGCGUUGUUUCGUAUAGGCCCGGUAAUCUUUUUUCGGUUCUAGUAGUCGGGGGUCGGAAUUUUCAUCGUGAAAAACAUAGGAUAAGCCGCUGGGCUGGUGAUGAUAGUUGCCUUAGCUUCUUGCGCAUCCAUUAAUGCUGCUUCUUGCGCAUCCAUUACUGCUAAAAGUGAAGCACGCCUUCAGCGAAGGAGGCCAUGCCGCUGUGCUUCAUUUUGAGGCAGUGGUCGCGCCGCAGUCUCUAACUAGGAGUUCGUGAAAGACGCAAAAGGAAAAAAAUUCCAGUUGUUGUCGAUGGAACAGAAGUACGACGCAGCGUUGAUGGGACGCAUCAGGGAGGCCAAGUCGAAGAGGGAAGUCAAGAACCUGCUCGCAAACCUCGAUGGGGAAAAUCAAACGCUAAAGACCUUUUACGAGGGGCAGGUCCUUCGUGCUAAAAACGUGGACAGUUUGUUUACGCAGUUUCGCCCGGAACAGUGCGACGUCGGCGUCCUCGAUUCCGUGUCGAAUGUCGCAGCACACGUCGUAGAGGGAAAGCCAGUGGCGACGUGGUGUGACGAUUUCCGCAAAAAAUUCGACGAUGUCAAGCAGAAAGUCGUCGCCUUCAUGGAUGCCGAAAAACGGAGAGCUGCGGAAGCAAAGGAAAAGACUGACAUUAAGGGAGGUGACCAUGCGCCUCAGUGAUUGACGUCGUAAGUAGUAGGGAGCAGACAUCAAUUGCAUUGAGCAGAAAAGGCGUAUGCCCUCUCUCUUCUGGGUGAAAGUCUGUUGUACUUGUCUCAUAGAAAACUAGCACGAUCACACACUGGCCCAUUGCAGUCUUCGCGAUGGUUGUUCUUUGUGCUUAGUUAGAACAGGCAUGCCACCGAGUUGACCUUGAAGGCGCAGCCUUCUAAUUAGCAGAUCGAAGAAUUCAUCAACGGCGCGGCUCGAGAUAGCAUGAGAGAGCUGAAGCGCCUGGUGGAAAUGAUCAAUGAUCUGCGCGCCAAAGCCAAGACUGUGGCAGAUACGCCAAGAGACCAGGGGGUGACUGCUGCUUUCAAGGAAGCUCUCGAAAAGCUCGACAAAGCUCGUGCAAAGUUUGACGCGGCGGCGCCGGCGGCGCUGCAGGGCAUAGGCGCAUCUACGAAGGUGAGGAAGCGUUCCCGAGCGCAGGCAAACGUCCAGUGGGUGAUCCAGCAUCUUGAAGUGGACGCGGCCAAGGAGUGCCACCAAAAUUCGUACAAGAUGCUGAAAAAAGACGCCGAAACCGUGUGCGGCGAUCUAAGCGAUGAACCCGGUUGGGACGAGUGGGAGGAUACGAUGAAAAAGCUGAGGGAAGAGGCUGAGACUAUGCGCUAAUAUGAUCCAUUUCCACGCGCCAUUCCUCACUGUUUUCCUUUAAGGAUAUUGAAAGAAUGGGCCUAAGAGUAAGAAAUGAAUUGUUUUGGGCUCUAAUAAGAGCAUCGAGAACAUGGGAAACGAGCUGCAGAAAGAUCUGGGUGCCGCGGAAACAGCUCGGAAGAAAGCGGAAGCUGCCGAGCAAAAAGCCCUGCGCAAAAUUUUAUGGGUUAGCCAAUUACAUGAUCUCCGACAGCCAUUCCUGCCGCUUUUUCCAGUAGGAAUGAGGGAUGCUCCCGAGAGUGAAAUGUUGUUGCAGUCUCUAAAAAUUGCAGAGGACGCGGAAAACGCUGCGAGGAGCGCCCGUGAAGUUAAGUACUGGAUUCACCUUAUACUCUGACUGACGCGACUUUCCACUCAAUGGGGCUGAAAAAUAGUACUCGCAGCUUCUCUGUUAAUUAUCUCCUGGGAGAUUGAUAGCGGGGAGGUAAAUAACUAGCUUUUUUUUACAACCGAAACAGGGGGUCGUCGAGUGUUACAAAGUACAAUAAGCUGCCGGAGGCAGCGGCGCACAUCUUCUUCUAAGCAGGUGGAGCGUGUAUGCGCUGGGCUUGGCCAGUGGGUCGAGUGGGUCACGCGUUUCGCGACGGACAUAGAGGACACUCGCGAUAAGCUGCUCAGAGAUUCGGCACCCUUGGGUGAGGCUUUCAUUUCUGAUUAUACCGCCUUCGGAAGUAAACAGGGUUUGCGCUUGCGGACGGUUAGUGGAGACCGUCAACUGCGAAAGGGGAAAGUACUGGGCAGCGCUGCUGCGUCUGACAUCAAAAGUGCACAAGAAUGCGCAAAUGCCUGCGUAGAGAAGGUAGAUUUAUGGGUAGGCUAAAGGUGUUCCUGCUGCCGUUGGUUUUGCCUCUCGUAGGGACGAAAGGCAGAACAGACGGGAAGCAGAUGAAACGCCCAAGCGCUACCUCUAACUGCGGAGCUUUCUGCGCUCUUGCCUGGUGACGCACAAAGCACAGCGAACGCGCGGAAGGAGCAGGCUGUGUCAUUGCUACAACAAACCUCGAACCUCAGGACAUUGCAAGAAGAUCUGGGCGCCGAGCUCCGGAAUAAGCAAAUUAGGCACGGAGUCCACCUUUUGUUUUUACUUCGGUCUCCCAAGUAGUUUCCAUUGAACAGCACGGAAAAGACAGUAGAUGGUCAAUAGCUUUGGCUUAUAUGAUUAUAGUAAGUCCGGAAAGAGCUGAACCUGUUGGCAGUGUCUUGGAACAAAGUUGUCACUUUAUCUGCCCCUUGUCCCUCCUUGCCGCUGUCUAAUCUGCUAAAAGCGAAAGGGGAUGGGGAGCGCUUGCGUGCGGAGGCAGAGAUACUACGAGAAGCCAUCCCCGGACACUUGGAGGCGAUGCAGAAGCUGGACAGCGCCAAGAAGGCUAAGGGAGAGCUCGCACCCCUGCUCCUGGGUGGUGAUUUAUGGCCCUCGCGACUAUUGCGUACUUUAUCAGGCUUUAUUUCACUACAGCUUGCAAGGCUUUGCUUUGUCCUUGUCGAUUGAAAAGCAAAACUCAGGCAUUUCUUCACAGCAUCCUGGACAGUCCUCUUGUGCAUCGUCUUGAUGAAUUAUCCUGAUAAGAUGUCGAUGUAGAUUUGUUAGAUUAAAAUGACAAUUCCUCAUGUGCGUCUUCAUUCUGAUGCAGCUUUUCAAGGGUGACGCACGCUCAAGAAAACAAUUGUAGAUAAGGUAAGAACCCACUAGACGAACACACCUGCACGAUCUAGAAAGUUUCAUCAUUCUUUUUAUUGAGAGGUCUAAGAGCUUUUACGGACAUUCCCAAAAAACUGCUGGGGACGCCGACCACGAGCGAGGAGAGCACUUCUUCGAGCAACGCGGGCCGAAUCGCGGCAGGGUCCGAAGACAACAUGACAUUCGGUGACGCCGUGAAAAUUGCGCCUGAACUCAAGAAAAGGCUCGCCGCGUACUUCGAGGUGGUAGGGGCCGUUGCUGUUAUUACUUCUGCGCAGGCGGCCGCAAAUCGGUGCAGCGUUUUCCACAAAAAUGCUGACAAAGACGGCUGGCAUUCGGUCGCCGCGUCGGUUCAAUGUGAGAGUCUCGGCGAGGAUUAUGGCCAGCGUUUAGUAUCCAUCUCCCUCAGGCAUCUCGAUGCCUUUCCCCACUUUAGAAUACGCCAACAAGGGAAAGGGGGCCGAGAUAGAGGAGCCGAGAUGAGAAAAAGCGAACUCUAAAAGAAGCUUAAGAAGGUUCAGGAUGACUUGGCGCCGUUUGCUAACGAGUUGAAGGCUGAUGAGGAGAAAAUGAGAAACAUACAAGUUAGGCUACUCCUUGGGAAGUACUUUGGUACUGUGUCUUUUUGUAUAUAUUCAGACCGACGCGUCUCCCUCGCCGACUCCUAACCUAAGAAGGCGUCCUAACUACCCAUAAGUAUAAUGCGACCUCACCGGCGAGGGAAGCGGGGAAGCAUCUUAGCGCGCUCCAGUUGAUUAUUUGUCAAAGCCGCGCGCUGCCAGCAAUUCUCUAAUGAAGAUCGCCUAACGGUUUUCGAGCAAGAAUGCCCGCUGACGAACAGUCUGUGUUCUGCCCCGGAGAACGCUAGUAUUGUGAAAGAGCUUAGGGACACUCGAGAGGAGGUGCAAAGAGCGGAUGUCGCCGCGGAACACGCAUCGACAGAGGCAGAAGCGCUCAGCCGCAGCGGGCGAUACGACUUGGGCAGCUUAAGUUUAAGAACCACUCAAAAAAGCAAAUCCUUGAAGGUCCUAAAUUAAAAGGGCUCGAAGGGUCUGAGGUCAUUGGCCUAAUAGGUUCGAAAGGAGACGGGGGACCAAGUAUUUCGAUUCGGGUCCUUAUUUUAAUGGGUGUAAGUAAUUCUUUCCCUGGAAUCUCGUGGGGGUCAUGCAAAUUCGGCCAAACUUGCACGACCUCCCAGGAGAAUCCUGGCGACCUUUCUGGGGUCUGCGCUAGAAACACUCAUAAGAACCAAAACUGGUGGGCCUUUCUUACUCUUUGCUAUAUCGGGCCACCAGUGGCUCAAGAGCCGAAACACCUUAACAGGAUUCGGAAGCGCCUCCCUGUGGGCGCCUUUCUGCUUGAUAUAAGAAGCGCAAAACACCUAAAAGGGCACCAGCUAUCCCCCGGCCCCUGCGUCGAAACUUUGCCAGAGCUUCGCGGGCCCCUCUACUUCUACUUGCAUCUAACUCCGCGACCGAGUUUGGCGCGAAUUUGGUAAAAGUUUCCAUCUUGGCCUGGCGUCUGUUUUUUGUUUUUCCUCGCUCUUUUUCUCACUUUCAAAAACCAGAAACGCCGCGCGGCUCUCUCCUUUUCUUCCCACUCGUUUGCCCUUCGUCUGUUUUCCUCCCCGCUAUGGGGAUGGCCUCUCGUUUUCCGCGCUUGCGCUUGUGGUUUUUGUCCCAUUCAGUCGCCCGCCAAUUGUGUGGCCUUGUUAGCUAGCCUCGCUACGUGGUUCGUUCCGCUUCGUUUAGAAGAGGAGGAAGGAAAGGGAGAACCCGCGGGGCGCCUGCCGUGACUUUCGGAGGGCGCGCGUUUAGCCAUGGCAUUACAUACUAGAGGCGCUUAGCUACAGACAGCGCAAGAAAAUGCAAAAAGUUUGGGUCUUACAACAUGACAAGCGAACGGCCAGAACCUAGCUAGAGGAGGAAAGGAGAAAGCCGCGGGGCGCCUCUCUUGGCGCGCGGGCGUUUGGCAGUACAAGAGGCGCCCACAGACACAGCUUCGCCACGAAUUGCAAAGCGUCCCGCUGGGAAAAUGAGGACUGAACGGCCAGAAAUUAGAGGGGGAAAGGAGGAACCCGCGAGACACAUCGAUCUGGGACACGUUUGGCAAUACUGUAGGCGCCUACAGGUGGCGCCACAAAUUGCAAGAAGUGCCGCGCUUAGCAAAUUAGAUAGAAGGGGACAGCCGGAAUUAACUUAGAGGAAGAAAGAAGCCUGCGGGACACUUUUGGAGCACGUUUGGCAGUGCAGUAGCUCUCUGCAGAUGGUGCCACAAAUUGCAAAAGGUGUCGCGCUGAGCAGGGAAUGCGAAGCGAACGGCCAGAAUUUAGAGGAGGAAACGGGGAGCCUGCUGGACACCUUUGGGGCACGUUCUGAACGGUUCAGCAAGACGGCCAGCGCCGAAAAAGGCGACGGAGGGGCCGGGCCGAGGUAGCGUAGCCUGGGAAGAAUUUGGAAGCACUUCGCGAAAAAUGAACCCGGACGCCAAACCGUCAGAGUACUAGGCAAGGAAGGUGACACAUUCGCCGCGCCUGGUUUUCACGCUUCCGCUCGUUUCUCGCGCGGUUAUAAGAAUGGGAAAGGAGUCACUCGAGGCCAAAACGGUCUGAAAGCGCUCGAACAAGAUGGAGCUCCCUGGGCGUGCGGCGUGGCAGGUGUCGAGGAAAAGACAGCGCUGAACGGCAGGAAGAAAAACAGAAACAGAAAAAGCGCUGCCGUUCUUUCAUCGUUUUCCAGCUGUCGGAACCUCACGCGGCGAGCCGACGCGACUGGCCUGACGGUGUGCCGCCGUGGUAGUACAUUAGUGGAACCCCUGCACCAGUUCAGUUUGGGGGCUGCCUUUGUCUUGGUCGUGCUUGGGUCGUUUCGUUUCUUUUGGUCAGUGGGCAAGUGCUUGCGCUCGGCUCCGGGGGGUCUCUGGUUCGAAUCUUGGAGGGGACUCGACUGGCUGGAAGGUGGUUCGUAGGCUGGUCACCGCCCCACACCCAGGGGAAAAGCGUGGGGACCUGCGCCAGACAGUGCGGGGCGGGAGAUGAGACCCAGGGGGAGAGUAUCGCCCAGCUGAGUCAUGACACUGCGCCCACGCGGUCCAUCGUUCGGCGCAAGCUUUCUGGCCAAAUAACUGGGCGGCGGGAGCUUGUCCAGCCGGGUCGGAUGGUGCAAAACACACAGGGGCGCCACCUGGACAAACCUGCAGGGCCUCAGACAGUCAGGGCCAGGGGCUGGCUUGGUGGCUUAAAGGGGAGCUUUUCGCACUAGUGCCGGCAGGUCUUGGCCAGGGGGCUGCCCGUAGGACCUGGCGAGCGUCUUAUAGACCGCAGGCUUAAGCUUUCCCCCCUUCGUCCCCUCUUAUUAUAAGGGAGCGAGGGGCGCGCGCUUGCCCCUAGGUGUGACGCGUGUGGCGCGUCCCGCUUUUAAGCGUGGCUGGCGGGCGCCUGAAGAUGAUCAGAGGAACGUCUGCGGGAGGGCGGCCUGAUGAUCUGAGGGACAUCCGGGGGAGGCCUGGCGAUCCAUCGUGGGAGCGUCCGCGGCUGGGAGGCCUGACGACCUGAGGAACACCCGCGGGGGGCCUUAUGAUCUGAGGAACAUCCGGGGGAGACCUGACCGACGACCUGAGGGACAUCCGCGGGAGACCUAACGGCCUGAGGAACAUCCGGGGGAGGCCUGACGAUCUGAGGAACAUCCGCGGGGGGCCUGAUGGUCUGAGGGACAUCCGCGGGAGGCCCAGCGACCUGAGGAAGACCCGCGGGGGGCCUUAUGACCUGGGGGACAUCUGUGGGCGUGGGAGGCAUGGCGAUCCCAGGAACACCCGCUCCGGGGGCGGCUUGAUGACCGGAGGAACAUCCGUGGGAGGCCUGACGAUCUGACGAGGAACCAAGCAACGCCAGGGGAGUCCCGAUGAUCUGAGGAACAUCGGCGGGGGGCCUUAUGAUCGGAGGAACAUCCGCGGGAGACCUUACGGCCUGAGGAAAUUCCAGGGGAAGGCCUUAGCGCCUGAGGAACAUCCGCGGGGGGCCUGAUGGUCUGGGGAAAUUCUGUGGGGGGCUUGCCUUAUGGUCUGAAGAACAUCCAGGGGAGACCUGGCGGUCUGAGGAACCUCCGCGGGCGGCCGUAUGAUCUGAGGCGAUUCGCAUGAGAGAAACCAAUGCCGGAGCACGGUGGAACUUGCGGCGGCCUUUCACUCAGCUUAAAUUUUUUGGACUCGAUGGAUGCGGGCCCGCUUUCUGAUCGAGGAGCACGCCCGCUCUGACCUCCGAAGGCUUGGCCCCAUGACGUGAAGAACAAACGAGGCGCCCCCGCUGCUGAUGGCUCCCUUCGUGUUCUUAGCCGAUAGAAGAGGGCACGCGCGUCGGGGGAUCGUGGUGGAUUGCCGAAAUUAUAGCGGACGGGCGGAGGGCUGCCGCAUGGUACUGCCACGCGCGGGCAGGACCUUCAGGAGCCUCCUAAGUGACCGACCCUAAGCCAGCGGGGAGCCGGGCGAGGUGGUUCGCCGUCGGUCUUGGGUUUGGCGAUGGGACUCCGAGGCCGCGAGCUACGUACCUUGGCCGAACUGGGGGGGGGGUCUCGAUCUUGGCGCAUUUGCCAUUCUGUAGGGCUGAGCUGGGUGCUUGUCGGCGCUUUUCCAAAGUGAGCCAUACGGGACGCAACGCGCCCACGGGGCUCUUCAGUGGUGUUGCGUGUCGUUGCUUCUCCGCCCGCGUCGUCCAGUGCGGAGCUGUCUCAGCGUUUGGGCGUGUUGUUCGAUAGGUGUCGGCAAGCGGCCGCCUCUGUUUAACAAGUUUGCGCAAGUCGGUCCGCGCGCUGCUUGCAGCGCGUUCCGCUGGGGUGUUGGGCUCGCUUCAGUGUCUCAGCACAAGGAGGAGGCCCAACCUUGAAGGGAAGGGGCGUCGUGACGCUCUACAGAAGUCAAGUGGCUGCAUCUGAAAGCCGCAGAGGGUUCGGCGCCUCGUUUGGGUCUGCUUCGCAAAUUGCUACAGAGGAAUCGCGCUGCUCUUGCCGUGGGUCGUUGCUAACUUAGAGUGAGCGGAGCCGCCUCUAGGGUGGAGCGUGGGCUCCUGCGUUGUUUCUUGUUUUUUACCGAAGCCGUUCAGAAUUUUGACUGAUUGCCAGUUUUUGCUGAUCUUUUUGGGUGUUUUAAUAUCUCGCUUGCUUCUGUUCGCGGGUUGGGACUUUGUUGGCCUUUUCCAUGUUCUUACUAAGAGCUUUCACACGCAAGCCGGCCUUUUUCGGUAUUUUCAGGGCUGCUGGAACCCGUCAGAUGCGGACUUGGGAAAAUUGUUGCUGGAGGUUGUUCUCUUGAGGUGGGAGGCCGUCUCUUUGUGUCUUAUCUUUCAGUCUGGCAGGCUUGGCCUUGUGGUCGUUUCUUUCUUGUUUGGGGAGUAGUGCUAGUUCUCGGCGCGCUGCAGGUUCUGCCUUUGGUCAUCAAAUCUGCGACGGACGACUGAGCACGGCUGGGCAGCAGUCGACUGCAGCUGGCGCCCCCGUUGGCAGUUGGAGCGGCGCGCCCACCUCGCACGCCGAUACAUAAGAGGAAGCGCCCCUAGGAACUUGGGCGCGCAGGCUGUUCCUUACGAUUCGUCUCCGAAACCGUUCGAAGGCUGAGCGCUAGUUUCGAAGUUUCGGCGUUUUCGUCGGUGGUUUUCGUGUCUGUUUUCUGUCCGUUCGCGGGUCUUUUGUGUUGGGGUUUUUCUGGUCAGUGUUGUGCGGCCAGCUCUAUCCAGCCUGGCUUGGUGCAGUUCUCGCUUGUGUUUUGGGGGGCCCGCGAACAAGUGAGGUGGUGGCCUUGGCUGCUGCUCCAGGUGGCUACAUGUGUGAGCCAACCUGUGGAGCAAGCCCUCAGGUGGUGGGCUGGUGUCUGAAGGUGAGCGCGCAAAGCGUCGGCGGGCGCCUCUUGCGCUCGUGGUUCGUGCCAGAGGUGGGCUGGGUUUGGGGACUUGUGGACACCUGUGAGGCCAGCUGGCUGGGCGUUUAUCAGGGGAGAAAGCGCUGCCGCGGGUGUCUUACUUGAGCUGAACAAGGUGCCAAGGGCCCUCCAAGAAUCCACUCGCUCGGUUGCUGAAGGGGAAGCGGGCAAAGCUGGGGUCCCUUGAUCUUGCUAAAAAGUCGCCGCUUCCGCUUUUUGUUCAAAGAAGUCGCGCCAGGGCUGUUCAAAAAUCUGCUGGGCGGGACAGCCCAAAAAGCUGCGCUUUUUUUGUACACGGACGACCAACGAGCCGCGGCCGAGAUGUGAGUGAAAAGAUAGAAGUGCAAGGCAUGACGAGAAAGAACCCACCGCCCCAACGGUGAAGCGCAUGCAAGCAGCAAGCAGACGAGCGACGGAGAACCCGAGGGGGGUGGCCCGGUGCACUAUCGACAUGCGGGAGCGCGGGCAGAAGUGAAGCGGAGAGGCGUCCAGGCUGACAGGCGUGAGCGGGUCGCGCUUUCUACAUGGUCAGGUGGAGGCGUGGCCUGAGUCGUAUCGCUUGGCUGACUGGCGUGACAGUCUAACGGCGAUGGCAUUCGCCUGGGAGCGAGCUCGGCGCAAGCUCUUGAGCAGUGCCGGCCUGGGUGUGGGCGGUUUCUUUCCUGGCUGGUGGACAUCAAGAAGCUGCCGGGGCUAGGCUUGGGAAGGAAGGUCGGCGCGGGUGUCUUUGUGGGAAGCUUCGACGCUUUUCGGCUGCGCUACAUUUGUGAGGGAGAUGGCGUGGCGUACGUAGGAAACAGGGGGCAAGUGGCUGGAGGGGUUUUGCUUAGGUGUUCGGGCAACUCCUUUGGGGGUGGUUUGUGGGUAAGGGGCGUCCGUACUGUAGAAGCGUUGCCGCCUCCUUGAAGAUCUUACGUGGCAAGAGUUCGACAGGCUCGAGAUCAUUGGCCCAACCGGUUCGAAAGGAGGCCGGCCGCAGGCUCAUUGUUUCUAGUUCUUGGGCCCUUGUCUUGGUUUGGAUGGUCGGCGAGAUUUUUUUCUUGGAAUCUCGUGGGGGUCUGUCGUGUGUGUUUGGCUAAAUUUCCUUGAGUUCGCAUCAGAAUUUGGAAAGGCUUGAUGAUCUUCGCGGGCUUGCGUUACGUUCUGCACUUACUAAACUUCUCAGGCAGCUUAGAUCUUCGUUUUCUGUCUUCGAUUCGUCCUCUUUCACUUUCUAACCAUUCGAAAAACAUUCAAGAACCAAAACUGGCGGGCUUUUCUUUCUCCUUGUUAUAGCGGGCCACCUCGUGGGCCAAGCUUCGACAGCGACACUCACAUCUUGGCAGCAUUUGAAAGCGACACAGGGCAUCACUGCAGUCGCUAGGAGAUUCGAAGAACAGCGAAGCGUAUGGAAGUACUUCAAAAAAGCUCCGAUUGUCUCUCUUGGUCGAAAUUGGACUGCAGGAACCUGCCCAGCCGGGUCGGCUCGGAUGGUGCAAAACACACGGGGGCGCCGCCUGGUCAAACUCGCAAGGGCUCAGGGCCAGGCGCCGGCCUGGUGGCCUGGGUGGAAGCCUUCCGCACUAGUUUCGGCAGGCCUGGCCCAGGGGGCCGCCCGUAACACAAAGCGAACGCCCCAGGGCUCCCGCGUGACGCCUCAGGCGACGCCCAUAACUUCGGCGCGCGAAGGGUCAAAAGGAGCGCCGGGGAGAGCGUGACGUGGCUAGAGCUUCGGGGGGGUCCAUGUCUGGAGGAGCGUGACGCAGCUAGGGGCCUGGGGUGGUUUGUGUGCGCAUGAGUUUGACUCAGCAAGAGCCUCGGCACGGCUUGUGUGUCACUCAGUGAGCCGCCAGCGGUGAGCCGCUUCUUGUGGAGCUACAGGCCCCCGUCGAGUGUUUGGCCUGAUAUCAGGAGAGGCAACCAAGAACGAAGCGAGGGGCUGAUCGAUGACUGAGAGAGGGCCGCAGCCGUAUAGUCCUGCGCCUGAACUUGCGUGCCGCGCACGGCCUCGGUAGUGCCACAGGGGGAAGACUAAGAGAGAGAGACAAAGAGAGAGAAACAAGAGCGACGCAGAGAGGAGCGACGCGAGAGAGAUGGCAGCGACGUACACAGGACAGAAGAACGGCGAAGAGCAGCGACGGAGCGAGGCAGGGCAGAAAGAUGGCGAAAGAGGGCAGGGCGCUGGCUAAAGUGCUCUAGUUUGAGAGGCUAGGCCGCGUAGAGCGACGCAGCGCAACGGGCCUGCGGCGUUUAGAGGGGAACCGCGCAAGCGGGGCGCGCCUUUUGGUGUUUAGUUGCUCCCAUUCUGACUCUCGCUCGUCUCUGUUUUUAAAGUUGGGUGUGGCUCUGAGAGAGAAGGGAGCAGCAGGUAUCUGCUGGAGAUUUUGCGUGUUUCUUCGACUGGAAAAAACUAUGUGGCCCCCUCAGGUCGGCGAGGGUGUCGGCAUGGCGUGGCGGGCUUUCUUCUUGUGCGUGCCUUACGUACAGGCCUGGGCGAUCGCUUGAAGAGGUGCGGCUUGGCGCGCUUUUUUGUCAUUAGCAGGGUGGUGUAGCGAAUUAGUGGCAUUUGUGGUGAUUGCGUGGCAUGGCUGGGAGUGGGACAGUCCAACAGGCUCAAAGAAAGGGCGCCAGGAAACAGAGACGAAGGGCACAAACAGCCAAAAAGCCGCCGAGCCAACGGCCUCGCUCAGUUCUGGCGGCGGGGUAGUGACGACUGACGAGAGGGGGGGCCGCGGUUUUCGGGCGGGCUCUCUCACCAUUUUGAAAGUGGUGGCUCGGGGAGCUGACUGACGACGCGAGGGGAGUGGCUGGCGGUUCAACAAGCUUGGGGCCAGGUGCGUGCGCGGUCGGCUGUCGGGGGGUGUUGGGUUUUUUUCUUGGGGUGUAUAGGGGUCAUGCAAGUCCCGGGGGAUUUUCGUGACCCUCAUGAAGUUCCAGGGAGGAUUGAAAAACAUGCGGCGAGAUUGUUGGAGCAGAAUGGGACCCCAAUCGGAAAGCGCCCAAGCCAUGCCCAGUCGGAGAGUGCCCCCGCCAUGACGCAUCGCGCCGCCCGCCGGACAAGAAUACCAACCCAGACAAGGACAGCCAGACAGGGACAUCCAGACAAGAACAGCCAGACAAGAACAGCCAGACAAGAACAGCCAGACUAGAACAGCCAGACAAGGACAGCCAGACAAGAACACCCAGGCAAGGACAUCCAGGCAAGGACAUCCAGGCAAGAACACCCAGGCAGGAACAUGCAGGCAAGGACAUCCAGACAAGAACACCCAGACAAGAACCCGCGUGACAAGGACACCGAGACAAGAAGAACACCCAGACAAGAACACACAGGCAAGAUGAACAGCCAGACAGGAACAGCUAGACAAGCCAAGAACACCCAGGCAGGACGAACAUCCAGACAAGAGCGCCCAGGCAUGACGAACAUCCAGACAAGAACACUCAGCCAAGAACAUCCAACCAGGGACACCCAGACAAGAGCAGCCAGACAAUAACACCCUGCCAAGAACAUCCAGCCAAGAACAUCCACCAGGCAAGCGCAUCCAGAUAAGAACACCCAGACAAGGACAUCCAGACAAGAACACCCAGCCAAGAACACCCAGGCUGGGGCCAGGCGGAUGGCUUGGCGUAUGCACAGGUGGGCCAUUUCUCUCCGUAUCUAUUGACUUGCUUGGAAGUGGGACGGACGCGCGCCCCGCAGCGCCGGGGCAUGUUUCUUGGUCCGUUUUGUUCUGCUUUGGAGCGUGACGCGCGUCGCGCGUAGUUUUUGCGCGUUCUGCCGUAGGUAAGGUCUGGGCUUGGAGCGUGACGCGCGUCACGCGUGUUGCUUUCACGCUCUUCUUUGAGGUUCGGGCUUGGAGCGUGACGCGCUUCGUGCGUAUUUUUUUCACGUUCUUCUUGUUGAAGGUUGGUCCGGGCUUGGAGCGUGACGCGCGUUACGCGUGUUUUGUUCACGUUCUCCCUUAAGGUUCGUUUGGGCUUGGUGCGUGACGCGCGUCGCGCGUAUUCUUUUUCUUUUCGCGUUCUGCCCUAAGGUUCGGGCUUGGAGCGUGACAGAGUCCGGGACAGAAAAGGAGCACCACAAGAGGGGAGCACCACUGGGGAAGGGGAUGCUUUGGCGCUUGGUGCGUUAGGAGCCCUGGGGCGUUCGUCUAGCCUUACGGGGGCCGCCCUCCCCAGAUCGGGGGGGCCCCUCGCUUUCUCUCUCUUUCUUCUUCUCAUUGUGCUCGCCUUUCGUGUUGUAGUGAUUCGCGGCCCGGGAGGCUGCAGCAUUCUCCUUUCAUAAUCACCCGACCAGGCGCAUGCCUUAUGGGCGCUGCGUGAUAAAUGGGCGCGAUUAAUGGACGAUGCUGGGCCCGCUAUUACAUCUGCAGAGGAUCUUGUACAGAGGGGGAGUUCGAAGUGGAAAGGCGUCAUCUCUCUUCGAGACGCUUCGACUCUUGCAGACCUUCCUCGCGCGUUUCAGGUUCUGUGGCAGGGACUCGCAAAGGCUUUGCUAGACGAAAUGACGGAGAUGUGUGUGUUGUUAAGGCUAAGACUAAUGAUCCAUCACUUUGCGGCCUUUUUAUGGUGGAUGAUCCGCCGCGCGUUCUAAUAUUUACUUCGGAGUCGAAGUCAAGGGUGCGACCCAUGGAGAUCUCGUUUAAAAGAGCUGCAGCUAUUCAUAGAAGCAAGAUUUUGAACACUCGCUCCGUGUUUUUGUAGUUUGGUUCCCUUUCCAAAGGGAGUAUAAUAAGGGGAUGGAUUAUAGAUAGCACUUUUACCCCCCCCUUGAUAGCGGAACACCCUUCUUUCCGCCCUUUUUUGUUGGACUUUCCCCCCGAAUGGGUAAACUUACUACCACUACUACUCUAACUUUUUUCAGAAAUAACAUCAACAAGAGGGUUUUUUCAAAUGGGAUAUUUGCUGACUACUCAAAGGACACGCUGUGCGGCAUUCUUGGACUUACCGAAGCCUGCGAGCGUGUAUGGAAGGCUUCCAAGACCGAAGAAUGCGACAGAUUGCACAGUCGUGAUGAACAACAGCGCCAGCCUAAUGGUCGCGGUUUUGCUCCACCGGUCGAAUUCGCUCCUGAUUUCGACCGGUAUUAACACUAGAUGGUUCUCGCUGAUAAUUGGGUUGAAAAAUAUAGCGUUGAAAAACUGAUCGGCUGUCUUAUCGUAUGUUGGUGACGAGGAUGAAAGGAGGCCGUGGUGGAAGAAGGUGGUAAAAGAAAAAGAGAGUAGAAAGAAGUAGUAGAAAAACGUGACACAAGUCUCGAGAUAGUGUUCCAUUUCAAGUACAGGGUUAGUAGUCAUGUUAUCAGGCCUCCAAUUUGAUCUUCAUAAUCAGCAUAGUGCUCACAACAUGAAAAUUCCAACAUAUGUCAUCCUUCCUGUAAUUGGUGCCGUUAUCCAGAACCUCAACUACAUCAAUCAGCAUGA